GAUUAUUUAGUACUGGAAACGCAAACGGAACGAAAGCUCAAUAGGGUAAAACUAAUCGAAAUUAUCGAUAGCUAGUUCGUCUCUAAAAAAGAGUUGUGAAGUUAGGAAAAAAAUGUUCACUCUAAUCAGCUAAAAAUUAUCCCACUCGCUAAUGCUGCUCUUCCAGAAUCGUCCAGAGGAUUUUUGUCCUCCGAAUUGCGAACAACACCGCAGGCUAUAAAAGUUGUAGAAACAUUAUCAGCUUCAUCAACCGCAACUGAAGACAACCGUUGUCACUGAUUCUCAAAUCACAAGAACAAAUUCAUCCUCCGAUCCGAUUAGCGUCUCGUUAGUCAUGUUGUUGACCUACAUACACAUGUACCGGUCGUGGGUCGUGUGAUAAGCGAUGCUCUGCUGAGAAGCCCUCAUCGCCCCGAAAACAGCAAUCCAGACACUAUUAGUGUGUGUCAUUGAAUAUUUUCCUCCGUGCUCCGUUGGAACCGUUACUUGCCAGUCUAGCAUCCUGGUGACAGAAUCGGUUAUUUAUGCGUCGAUUCUGGACGCUUGGCAUUUCAUUGCUAUUAUGACGCCAAUGCCCGUGCAUAUCGCGAUCAAUCUGUAGCGCGCUGUCGUUUUGCUUCUUAUUAGAAGCGGAAAUAGACUCCGGGGUCUUAUCGCCCGAAUUUAUUAUGCUUUCGUUCAUGGCAAUCGUUGCGUUUUUUUUUUUUUUUUGCCUCAACACGAUCACAUCAUCGAUCAAGUUCGCUUGACUUGAAUUACACGAAAUUUGAAAACAUUGAAAUUGCUACACGUGCUGGUUAUGUGGCACCUGAUCUAUUCCUCCUAACUCGCACAACAAUUCACCUUAAGCGCACAUUUCAAGUCGAAGUGGAUGAUGUACUUACUGCGUUAGCAGGAAAAUGCUCCAACCCAGUCCGAUCCAGCCACGCUGCUGAUCCUCAACUCUUGGAACGCGAACCAAGAUUACUCAAUCCGGGCCCAGCACAACGCUCAUGGCCAGUAAAACCGAUCGUUCGGAUGAAAAAAGCAAUUAAGAUUACAAGGGAAAUAACAAGGGUUGAGGGCAUGUCCCUCUGCGCUCAUCGACAAUUUCGUAAUCCCGAAACCUCAACCGAUAACCAAUCUGGUGACGGUUGACUAAACACUGGUCAACGGUCAAGUGGGUUGUCGGUUUUUUUUUCGUUUUUGGUGACUCUUUUAGUAAAAUUCUCCUCUUGAGAGAGAGCAAAAAAGAAAAAGAUUGAUUUCGUUGUUUUUCUUUCCUGAAAGAACCGAUUCUGCUGAUUAGCGCUGAUGCGUCGGGUCGAGUUUUUCCCCAAUUUGCCCAGAAGCUUCCCGUCGCUGCCCAAAAUGUCGCGUACGCAGUUGCGUCUGGAGCAAUCGAUCGCGGGGACAGUUCAGUAACGAAUUGGGGGUCGUAGCACGAUCACGCAUUCUCGAGCGAGGUUCUACUCUCGGUUAGGGUGAAGUUCUGGUAAUGGGGCAACAUUCGAAUUCCGCCUAUCCCAGGCGGAUCCCUCUGUCGGUGGUUCUGGGUGCUUGGUGCUGUCUGGUUUUGGUGGGGCUCCAGCAUGCAGUUUCAACAGUGAUGGCCGUGGAAAAGCUGUGCUAUGAAGAGGAAAAAGUGCCUAAGCUGGUGGAAAAUAAACGCCAAAUCAUAAAGUUCGGUGAAGGCACGUACUACUGCAUGUUCAGUGAGCAUCCCAUGCGCAUUCCGAUCAUGGUGGAUACGUUGAGUUGUUCGCUCGAUUACGAGGUACACAAAAAGCGGGCCUGUUGUGAGGGGUACCAUGCGGUCGGGGACGAGUGUUUGCCAUCCUGUCGGUUAAAGUGCAUCUUUGGAGAGUGUGUUGCACCGGACACGUGUGAUUGCUACAGUGGCUAUAAGAAAGUGGACGACUAUCGCUGCGAGCCUGUUUGUGAGGUAGCGUGCGAGAAUGGACAAUGUGUAGCUCCGAACGUGUGCCUUUGCGAUGCAGGUUUCGAGCGAGAUCCGGCGAGUGGAUCCUGUCGCCGGAAGUGUGAUCGUACGUGUCGAUUUGGGCGAUGUGUCGAUGAUGUCUGCGAGUGUGACGAAGGAUAUCGACCGGAUCCGAAUGAUGGGAAUGCUUGCGUUGCACACUGUACCGAGGAAUGUGUUCAUGGUGUUUGUGUGCUGCCCAAUGUGUGCCAGUGUGAGGCAGGAUACACACUUUCAACGCAAUCGAACUUCACCUGUGAACCCGUUUGUCCCGAAGGAUGUGCCAAUGGCAACUGUAUUGGACCGCAUCAGUGUGCCUGCCACGAAGGGUACGAGCUAGACGAUAGCAACCACUGUGUCCCGGUGUGCCUGAAACCUUGCCAGGGUGGACAAUGCAUUGCUCCGGGUAGAUGUAGCUGUGGCGAAGGAUAUGGUCCGGCCGAGAACGACGAAUCGGUGUGUAUUCCUAGCUGCUCCGAACCUUGCGUCAAUGGAGACUGCGUGGCGCCAAACGUCUGUCUGUGCCACAGGAACUUUCGUCCAAGGGAUGAACAGUCGCCACACGUUUGCGUUCCCGACUGUCCCAAUGGAUGCGUGAAUGGGGUGUGUUCCGGUGCUGGAGUUUGUGAAUGUGCGGCCGGAUUCCUGUACAACGACACGAUCGGUUUUUGUGAACCGUUUUGCAGCGAGCCCUGUGAGAAUGGUGUCUGCGUCGGGGGGAACCAAUGCCAGUGUCGGGAAGGUUAUCAGCUGGACCCAAAGACGGGUAGAAAAUGUGUGCCCCACUGUUCGAAACCAUGCGUGCAUGGCAUUUGUGUCGCACCGGAUGUUUGUGACUGUAAAAAAGGUUACAUCAAGAGUGAGAACAGCAGGAAUGUCUGUGAACCUAAAUGCUCGAAAGGCUGCUCGAAUGGACGAUGCGUUGCACCGGAUCACUGCGAAUGUCUGAAGGGUUACAUUGCAACUUCAAGCUCACCAAAUUCGAAAUCUUCAAUCUGUACACCGUACUGCAAGAAUAAGUGUGUUAACGCUUACUGCAUCCGGCCGAACGUGUGCCAAUGUUUGGCCGGCCAUCGAUUCGUCGACAACAGUACGAGUGUAUGCGAACCGAUCUGCGAGGACAGUUUGGUGGACUGUUCUAAUGGUCGCUGUACGCAGCCUAACGUUUGCGAGUGUAACGAAGGUUACACGCUUGCCAUCCGCAACGGACGGAUGCUGUGCGAACCGGUCGCCUGUCGGGAACAUUGCGUCAAUGGGUACUGUGUGGAGGAGGGCCGCUGUGAAUGCCAUCCGGGCUAUCGUCCGUCGCAGCAAUUCCACUCGAUCUGCGAACCUAUGUGUGCCGGUGGAUGCGAAAAUGGAGCCUGCAUCGCGCCGAACACGUGCGUGUGCAAUGCGGGAUUCGUUCGCGCUCCCGAAAGUGAUCGGUGUGAGGCAAGCUGUGAUCCAAAUGUGGUCGAUUGCUAUAAUGGAGUUUGUCUUGGGGCGAACAAAUGUCAGUGUUGGGAGGGUUACUACCUGCGGGUUCCAAUGAACGGAGGACCGGCGGAAUGUGUUCCGGUGUGUGCUAAUGGAUGCGCCAAUGGACGAUGCCUUGCACCGAACGAGUGUCUAUGUAACGAUGGAUACGAGUACAGAGUAGAGUCGGAUCAGUGUGAGCCUGUGUGCGUGCCUGGAUGUUUGAAUGGCAUUUGCGUUGCACCGAACGUCUGUCAAUGUCUGGAAGGCUACGCACCGAUCGAAGAUCCUGAGUCGCUGGAGGAGUCGCGCUUCGAAUGUGCUCCGUACUGUGAUCCAAACGUAGUGAACUGCACCUUUGGCAUCUGUGGUGGUCCUAACGCUUGUAGAUGUUUUGAUGAUUUUUACUCCACCAUCGAUCAACUUGGUAGACAAACGUGUGAACUCGUCCCGGAACCGGUCGAGUGUGGUAAGGACGUCAUUAUCUAUGAGGUGGAAAAUGCGUCCCAUGGAUGUGUUUGUGACGAGACAAGGGAUUGUCCCAAACCUAGCUGUCCCGAGAUCCCGCCACCUGUAUGCAAUGUUACGUGUCCUCCACCUCCUCCACCUCCAACACCAUGCCCGAAAGUGGUUUGUCCCACAGUUCCUCCAACGAGAGCAACGACCAAGGCACCACCCGUAGUGCCGAUCACUUGCCCACCGAUACAAUCGUGUCCGGAUGUGAUCUGUCCAACCAUGCCACCGCCGGAAUGUCCCACCACUCCAGCUCCGGAACCAAUGUGCGACGAACUGUACGUGAACUGUGCGCAUGGUGAUUGUAUCGACAACAAUGUGUGCUCUUGCUACCCGGGAUAUCAGUUAGCUAUUGGGCCUGAAUCGAUCGUGCACUGUAAGCCUGUGUGCGGUGGUGAUUGCACCAACGGCAUCUGCACCGAGCCGGAUGUAUGCGUCUGUCUACCGGGGUAUGUCGAAACGUUCGAAGGCCAAUGUGAACCUUACUGCGAGGAACCGUGCGGGAAGGGAUCGUACUGUGCGCAACCCAACGUCUGUGAGUGCGACAAAGGAUUGAUCCUUAAUGAGCAAGGCAACUGUGAGCGUACGUGUAGCCCGGGAUGCGUCAACGGUGAGUGCGUUGAUGGACGUUGUUUCUGUGAUCCGGGAAUGCUGCUGCGCCACGGACACAUCUGUGUCGAAGCACAAGCUGAGGUGGAGGACCUUUUCAUUCGAAGUCGAUUUGCUGCCGAAGAUGAUGAGGAUGAUGAAGAGGAAGAUGAGAAUGAAAAAGGCGAUCGGAUCGAACCGUUAAACUGUCCGGAGGGAUUCCGAGCUGUACCGGAGACGGGUGAAUGUGUUUGCGAUUCUGGAGCCAUUGCUGUCGAUGGUACCUGCAUAAAUCUGAGUCCGGUUGAUAAAGUCAAGCUGCUGGAUCACGCCAUGCAGCAAUUGGUAGUGGAAAGCGAAACGGGACCCGAAGCAAAAAACGAAAGCUUAACAGAGCCAGAACCGAUUCAACUCGCAGGAUCUAGCCUACUGUCGGAGAUUGAUCGUGAUCAGUGGAUCAUUAUUGCUGCCGUCAUCGGUGCAACAAUUGUGCUUGUCACUGCGUCCGUUUUGGCGUGUAAAUACAUGAAAAAGAGAAACUCCAGGGAAACAGACAUUGACUAGCAGCUGACCGGUGGUACGAUUCGGUGCGUGUGGUAGACAGAGUAUAGGAGCUUCGAAAGGAUAGUUAGAGGAUCAAUCGUAUCUGCUUCAUUUGCAGUAUUCAUCCCAUCAUCACUCACCAUUGCAGGAUCUGGACUGCUAAACAAAUCUAACUUGAUCGCUUGGUAGGAUGCAUUUCUAGAAUUAUUUAUUAAAGUUGGUGCAAAGCAGAACAAUAAAAAGAAUUAACUUGUCUUUUAAUUUAA